UCUCCAUGUGGCUCAAACUCGCGUGUUGGUCGUCACUAGUGCCGGGGGGUUUCGACUGUAAAAAACAGAACAUUAAGUACCCUGGUUGGUUAUGAGAGGGCGGGUUUGAAAUCACCGUGCUUACGUGCGUUGCAGAACCAGUGUAGUGAUACACCGGCUGAAGUUAUAGCACACGAGCAACAGAGGAAGAGAAAAUAAAAAUUAUAAAUAGGGUUAGAGGGGCAUGCCCAGAUGCAGAUAUGACCACAGAUAAGGACCAGUCCAUGGAUGACCAGUCUCCUGCUGUGGUCUUUGCUGCCAAGGGCAUCGACGUCACUCCUAGCAGAGACGAGGGAGUUCUCAAGGUGGUGAAAACCCAGGGAGAGGAUGGGGACAGACCCAUGAUUGGGGACAAGGUAGCAGUACACUACACUGGCAAACUAAUCAAUGGGAAGAAGUUUGACUCCAGUAUGGAACGCAAAAAACCCUUCACCUUCAGUCUGGGAAAGGGUCAGGUGAUUAAGGGCUUGGAUAUCGGUGUGUCCUCUAUGCAGAGAGGAGAGGUGUGCAUGCUCCUCUGUAAACCAGCAUAUGCCUAUGGGUCAGCUGGAUGCCCGCCCAAAAUACCUCCCAACGCCAUGUUACAGUUUGAGGUGGAGCUGCUGAGCUUCCAAGGCGAGGUGCUGACGGACGACGGUGGCAUCACAAGGAGGAUAAAGGUCAAAGGGGAGGGCUAUAAUAACCCCAACGAUGGAUCAACAGUCCACGUACACCUGGAGGGUCGCUGUGAAGAGCGUCUGUUUGACUCCAGGGAUGUGCACUUCGUGGUGGGCGAGUCAGAGGACAUGGGCGUUCCUCUGGGUGUAGACAGGGCCAUGGAGAAGAUGCAGAAAGGAGAAUGCUGCAUGCUCUACUUAAAACCCAAGUAUGGUUUUGGGAAAGAGGGUAGAGCACAGUAUAAGAUUGGACCAAACUCAGACCUGGUGUAUGAAGUGACUCUAAACAACUUUCAGAAGGCCAAAGAAUCCUGGGAGUUGGAUCAGAAGGAGAAACUGAAAUUGUCUGCUGCAGCCAAACAGAAAGGGACCCAAUAUUUCAAGGCGGGGCGUUACCUUCAGGCAGUGGUCCAGUACCAGCGCGUUGUGUUGUGGCUGGAGAUGGAGUUUGGUGUGGGCAAGGAGGAGCAGCAGAAGCUCCAGGAUUUCCUACUGGCUGCCCAGCUCAACCUGGCUAUGUGCUACCUGAAGCUUAGAGAGUACGCACUGGUUGUGGAGAACUGCAACAAGGUGAUAGAGCUGGAUGAGAAGAAUGAGAAGGCUCUGUACCGGCGUGGGAAGGCUCGUCUCUUCCGUAACGAGUUCAGCCUGGCCAUGUCUGACUUUAAACUGGUGCUGCAGGUCAACCCCUCCAACCGGGCGGCACGCGAUCAAGUAUCCAUCUGUCAACGCAAUAUCCGGGAACACCACGAAAAGGACAAGAAGAUCUAUGCCAACAUGUUCCAGAAGUUCGCUGAGCGUGACGUCAAGGCAGGGAAGGGAAAGAGGAGGAGGGGGGAGGACAGUGGAGUGAUGAACGAGAACCAUCAAGUGGCCAUUAAGAGACGACGCAGGAGUCAGGACCAUGGCCAGGACUGUCCCUGAUGCUCCAGAGGAGGUCUGGAGGAGGGCAAAGCCAGGGGGGCAGGUCUCCCCUCGCUACCCACACAGAGACCAGGGGUCUGAGGCAUGGACUGGACGGGGCUGGACCACACCCGUCCACUCUGAUCUCAUCAUCCCCUACCUACCCCUCCACUAUGUGUGCUGUACCCAGCAUGACAGACAGAGGGCGUGAGUGGGGAAGGCUCCAAGCCAAACAGCAAUCCUUCCUUCAGUCUAUGACAUGGAAUCCUGUCCAGGUCUUGUCCUCAACCUCAUGCGUUGUGCAAUUCCUCCAAAUGCACACCUCAAUUUAACCCAGAUCCACAGACUGCAUUAUGUUGAUAAUCAAAUCAAAAUGAAUCACAUAAGAUAAUACAAUAUAAUAUAAUUUAGCUUGGCAUUGCAUUUUCCCAUUUUGCACAUACAGAUGAACAACAGGUGUCAUUGUAUUUUGGUUGUUUUGAUCUAUUGGUUGGGAUGUCUGGGGUUGCCUUACACCUUGUGCUUAAACUCACAAUUGGAAUCCUAAAUAUAUUUAACUUCACCAUGUGGAACAGUGGUGCGAUACUGAGCCACUGUAACAGACAAAACAGCUGGCAUCAUCAUCACCCAGUUGUCAUGACACCCGCAGUCCCAAAAGACUAGUUAUGUUUAGACAAUGAGUCAUGCAGUAUAUUUGCACAGACAUUUUGGCUGAAGAACCUCCCACUCUUUACUCUUGAACAUAGAAAAUUAACAAGUACAGACUCAUGGACCAUUGCAUGCUGCAGAUGCUACAUACUGUUAUGUGUUUGCUACUCUCUUUGACUGUCCGGGAAGUCCAAAAUCAAAGAAAGUCCAUUAAUGAAGCUUUAAGUCUCAGCUUUCCAAGCUGCUGUCCAGUCCUCUCUGACUUCAACAUUUCAUUCUCUCCUGGACAAAUGCUUUUUUUCCAUCUACGCUGUUAGAAUUUGAGUUAUGUGACUGAUGAUAAUUAGGGCAUAUAGAUUCUAGUUGUGUAUUUCUCUUCCUCCCCAGUUCUGGAAUGGGUGACUGUACUGUCUUACCUUUUAGUACACUUAUUUCCCUCUACUAAAAGAGUGUUAAAUGAUGGACAAUGAUUCACUUCAGUCUUCAGCAAAGAUUGUAAAACCACCGAUGUUGUCUUUUUAGGAAAAGUAACACUCAAUGAUUUGGAUAAAAUCUGGGCUUUAUAUUUUUGGACAUUUGCUUUUGCAUUCGUUGGACAUCAGGCCCUUGGGUGUUUUACUGAUAUUAUCAUUGUGAAACAACAACAAAAAGGCAGGCUUAAACUCUCACUAUAAAAAGAAACCAUUGAAUCCUUGUGCGUAUGCUUUUUUAUUUUUAUUAAAAAUGUCUGUUUAUACCCAACAAUGUUUUUGAAGGCUCACAAGUGGUGCAGUGGUCUAAUGCACUGCAUUUCAGUGACAGAGGCAUCACUACACACCCUGGUUCGAUCCUGGGCGGUAUCACAACCGGCCAUGAUCGGGAGUACCAUAGGGCGGCCCACAAUUGGCCCAGCGUCGUCCGGUUUAGGGGAGGGUUUUGCCGCGGUAGGCUGUUAUUGUAAAAUAAGAAUUUGUUCUUAACUGACUUGCCUAGUUAAAAAGAUAUGUGUUUUUUUUUGUAAUUGGAGGGUAGUUACCUAUACCUACAUUAAUGCCACAGGGUAAGGAGUUAAGUGUAGUGUUGCCAGGAUUGGAUAUCAGAGCAUAAAAACCUUAUCAAGAGUUUCUAUGCUAAUGAUAUCCAUAAUAUUUGUUCACCAAUGCUUUGGAUACAAAUGGCUUUCCUUCAAUUUGUACUGUUUUCUAGGGGAGCCAACUAUGAAUGUUAUUGGACUACACUGAGCGUAACGGAGUCUUAGAGUGUAAUAAUACUAUAUAUCACGCACUGUACAGAAGCCUGCUGUGUUAUGAACAUGACACAGAUGCUAUUGAAACUGUGUAUCAUCCAAUGAUUAACUAUUCAUUCUAUCUCUGGUAAAUGUGCUAAUUCAGGCAUUAGAGAUUACACUUACAGUUUGCAUUGACCUGUCCCCUAUCCCAACUGUACUGUUAGUGAUAAGUGUUCUUUGUCUACCACGGGACAUUAGUGAAACGAGUGACUGGAUCUCCAUGGUGUUCAGUCAGAGGAUCAAGAUGAUGUCCUUCUGUGUGUAAAUAUUUGAAGAUAACAUAACUUAAAAAGGAACAAAGAAAACCCCAGUCAAAAGCCCCCAUAUCAAUUGCCUGCCAAGAGAACUUGAACUUUUACUCAGUUUUAAACCAAAUGUUGUAUCUGUUAGGUAAUAUCAUGAGUCCAGUGUUGCUCUUUAGCAAUAUGUUUUUGUGGAACAAAAACCUAUAUUACUUGAGGUGUCAAACAAGGGGGACUUACUGUACGUAGCACACAAAGUGUAUCUAUGGAAAUAAAAGUGAAGUCAGACACCA